CCGCUUACCUAAUCUGAAGAUUUGACAGAUCCGGUUUUUUACAGAAGCGACUGCCUGUCUGACCUUCCAACCCGCGAAGGGAAAACCAGCCCAAUACAGGUUAGGUCACAUACCUACAAAAAUGCUUUUCUUGGGAAUGUGGGUUUCCUCACGAUGUUUUCCUUCACCGCUAAGCACGUAAUAAUCAUUUAUGAUCCAAACAUGAAUUGGACAACAAAUUCGAUUUCAUUGGUUUAGGCCCGUGCUGGAUUCGAAUCUGCGACCUCAAAGUGAGAGGCAAGCGUUCUAACCACGGGUCAAAUUUAUUCGGCUUAAUUAUAAUAUUUCAUCAUUAUCAACCAAAUGUAUGGCCGCAAAUUUCCUUUCCAAAUGACCUACUUACUUAUUUGGUCGAUGAUGGGAUGAUCGAUCACCUGCCAAGAUUCGGUUCGUCGUAUUAUAUAUUAGGAGGAUAUGGGUACUUAAUAUUCCAUCAUCAUGCUUCUGAAUUUAAAGUUUGAAGAUUAGGUAAAAAAAAGGUAGAACUUGUAUAAUAAACACACUUGUUUAAUAAAAAAAUCCGCGUAUAAAACACCUACUUGCGUUCCAUCCCUGUCACAUGCAUCUUCUCGAACACAUAAGUCGAGUCAUAAUCUAAAUGAAAUAUACUUGCUAAUAACUUUUUAACAUUAAUAAUCGGUUGAUAGUAAUACUUAAUUAAAGUCUGUCAGCAUAGAGAAUGCAAGAAUCAUUAUCGUACAUCUAUGUCAUAUCCACUAUAAAUAACCUGUCGUGUUUAUUUUAAGAAUUUCUUCAUAAUUUUAAACAUAUAAUAUACUAAAAUAAUAUUUUUUGUUCCAAACUCAAUUAUUGUUACUUUGUAAACCCCUACACAUUUGUUUUAUUUUGUUUGGCCACAAGUUACAGUUUUGUUUUCUUUGUUAAAAAUUAAACUAAAAACAAUAUUCUGAAAUUGCUUCCGCAAAACCAGCUACACACGUCUAGAACUACAGUUUUAGGUUGUAGUUUCGAUCCCAAGCCGCGAACCACACAAUAACCAUGAGGGAGGUACUUACAUAAAAACGUAUGACCAUAAUUAGGUACAGACUGCAAAGCAAAUUACAAGAAACAAGCUGGCCAAGCAAUUUAUUCCUUACAAGUGAAGACAAAAAUAGAAGGAAAGAUAGAAAACAAAAAGCCACUAUGAACAGGCUUGAAACCGGUAACGGGCAGAUGGGCCCUACAUCUUUUUGCUACAAGCCUUCGUCUGGGAACAUUCCUAAGUACUAACUACUUUUGUGUGUUAGAGAAAUAAUUGUAAUAUAAUAACUCUGGAGUUGCGGAGGAGAAUUUCUGCUUGUAAGGGAAAUUAGAAACCUUCUAGUGGCUGAAGCGGCGUUCUAUUGCAAGUUGCAUUUUGUUAUUAUGUAAAAAUUAUAUUAAAUGAGAAGUCAAAAAUACAGCUCGAAUCUCGUAAAUAUUUUCCAAAAAAUAUUUUGAGGAGACAUUACUAUUAUCUUCCCGAUUACAAACUCUCAUCAUAAAACUUAUUUGAAAUCAAUUAUACCAAAAUAAAAUUAAGUAAAGUGGCAGAAUUUAAAAUUUUCUUUUUUGAAACGGUGAUUACAUUUCAGAAUUUGUGUUAUAGUUAUUUGAAAUGUUUGGAAAAUAUUAUAAAUCAUCCUUAGGUACUGUACUAUAUCCCCACGACUAUAUAAUCCCCAUGGGGUACAUCCAUCGCAAGAUGAUCUAAGUACACACACAUCUCACUGAGCCUUCUGUAAGUACAAUUUACCUAACCAAGAAUUUUGAAACGAAACCUGACCACCUUAACACUGUCUUUUAGAAACACCCUUUACAAAGGCAACGAAAUAGUAACACAACUAAUCAUAAUACCAGUAGCUCGCCUACCCCAUGUAUUUUUCCAAAGGCCUGCAAAAACCUGCAGAGACAUCCAGGAUUCCAGACGGGCAGACAUUGAACCUGAGUUAAACAUAAAAAACAAACAAAGACGACCAUUAACACACACACGUACUAUCCUAACAAGGGUCCUGCAAAAUUCAUUACCAGUACCAAAGGCUAAUAAUAAAUCAGCUAGGGGGAUAGCCAGUAAUAGCUGCGUCAAGGCUUUGCAGCAAAAAUAUUUUCAGCUGUCAACAGCAGCGUCUGGAAUUGGAUAGUUUCUUAGGUCAAAGAUAAAUUAUGAAAUUUUGAUUACUAAAUAGAGACAGAUCUGAAGGUGACAAACACGUUUUCUUUUUUCUAUUUAACUUAUUUAUGAAUUUUAAUAAAGAAAAAUGUAAUAAUAAUCAAUCACAUUUUAUCACGUUUCUCUGUGAUGUCAUAGAUUGCGUUUUCGUGUUUUGACGUUUAGUAAACAGUAACAGAUUUGACUAGUUCGAAACUACCCUCUUAUGUGCUGCGUUUUGCGUAGCAGUCAAAGUAGGAAUAUUUUGUACUAAAAUAUCGCCAGUUGUUGCUAAGAAUUGUAUGUAUAAAAGGAAAGCCUAAGCUCUAUUUUGGACAUCAAACAUAUUUUUGGAAUAUUAUGUUUUUGAUGAGACAGAUACCCGGCCUUGUGACUUAUGGUUUUUGGAGGCUUAUUUGUGAUUCUUUCUUUACAAUAUAAUUCUUUAGUUUACCCAAUAGCAUGAGUUGCGCGCGUCUUCUAUCCUUCACUCAACUUUUGCGUUAUCUAUGGCUGUUUCAUAAUCAAAUUCCUUCGACAUCAUCAUCAGCUUCUUAUUGGUACUUACCGAGUCUUUUCUUUGUUCUAAAAAAUAACACCUUUAACGGAUAAUUUCACCCCCUCAGCCACGGUACAUGGGCGGCCCUUACUAGAUAAGGUGUCCAUUAGAUCCGACCGGUUCCCAAGCGGGCAGCGAAGGUUUAUAAGCGGAGGUCGGGAGUACGGUCCUCAUUCCCUCUCGUCCCGGACUCACAACAUGUGGCGGCUCGCCCUCCUUGCCUUCCUCUCCUCGGCUGCAGCACAGAUCCCCUCGCUGGGAUGGUGCCCCGACUAUCAGCAGCCCAUGGCGAACUUCAACAUGAAGCGGUUCCUGGGCACGUGGUUCGAGGCGGAGCGCUAUUUCACAGUGAGUGAGCUCGUCAGCCGAUGUGUCACCACCAAGUAUGAGUCUACCCCCGAAGGCAGGAUCCUCGUGUCCAACGAGAUUACUAACUCUUUGACGGGAAUGAAACGAGUAUUGGACGGUCAUCUGCAGAUGAUCGGGCGCGAGGGCGAAGGUCGUAUCAUCGUCAAGUACGCAGCGCUGCCCAUCCCCUAUGACACCGAGUACAGCAUCCUGGACACCGACUAUGAUAGCUAUGCCGUCAUGUGGUCUUGCAGUGGCAUCGGACCCGUUCAUACUCAAAACGCGUGGGUCUUAACCCGUGAACGUCUCGCCCCAAUUGCGACGAUGCAGGCUGCCUAUGGAGUCCUGGACCGAUUCAAGAUUUCUAGAACAUUCUUCGUGAAGACCAACCAGGCUGACUGCAAUAUUCUACCGGACCCUGCAGCCAAGGAACAGGAAGGGAAACACGCUAAUGUGGAGGUUGAAGAGAAGAGUGCUAUGGUUCCUGAGGUACCGGAGAAGGUUAUUGAACAACCUGUUGAGAAACGAGUUGACCCCGAAGUCAAGCCUGAAGUCGUUCCAGAAGAGAGAUCAGCUGUCCCCGUGCCGGCUGACGAACCGAAACCCAUGCAAGUCCCUGAAUUGAUCAUGUCCGAAUCAUCUGAGAAGAAAGAAGAGAAAAUGAGCAAGCCGGAAGAAAUGCCAGCAAAAGAAGACAAGAAAGAAGAAAUGCCAGCAAAAGCAGACAUGCCAGAAAUGAUGGAAAACGCAUCAAAAGAGAAAGACAAGAUGGAAGAAAAACGCGAAUAAACAGGCCCUUUAUGCCAUGACUUAUCAGAGUGAGACAAAGUCUAGUUUUGCUUGAAACAAUUUUACUGGAGCGCAGGCCACUAUCUGACAAGUCAUGGCACGAUUUACUUGACAACUGUAUGAAGAAUCUUCACAUUUCAUCUUUAGUUACAUUCUCGUGUUAACUACAAGGCGAAAACAGGAAAGGUGGUGAUGGUCCGGUUCUUCCUUAAGUUGUCGAGUGCGCGCGAGUGCCUUACUGAUGAUUCCUCAAACGAAUUUAGUUCAAAAAGAACUUAGUUGUAGCUGUGUAGAAGUGUGAAUGACUGUGAGGCUUAGUUUCAGAACUUGGGGCUAUCGUACCAAAUAAGCAACACGACUCGAAACCUGAUGCUGUACGCAAUCAGCUAGUUUUACAUUGUAGUCAUUAAAACUGUAGUAAGACUUUUUGAAAGUGAACGCUGAAAUAAAUAAAC